GUCCCAUCGCCACUUUUCCUCGCAUUUGCUCUCCUCAAAAUCGCUUCGGUUUCCUGCAUUCACGUCCUGCGCGUGUUAGCCCCCGUUGACUGCGAACAAAGGCUCUUUUGCUGUGUCACCCAUCUCAAGCACCAUGGUCUCCCCUCUCUGGAAGGCUUGCUCCGAGGGCAACCUUGAGAACGUCAACGAGCUGUUGAAGGAGGCAUCGACCGCAGAUAUCGAGGUAAACGAUCAUGAUGGCGUGACCCCUCUCAUUGAAGCGGUCAAAAACGGACAUAUCGAGGUAGUGAAGGUACUACUCGAAAAGGGUGCUGAUCCCACGAACGCUUCCAGCCAAGGUCCCACCGAACAGUUCACAUCAGAUUCAGCUAUCUUGGAAUUACUUGACGCGGCAAAAACAGAGCUGAGCUCGAGCGCAGCGCCCGCGCAGGAGCCCGUUUACGCUCAUGACCCGAACGUGGACCAGACCAAAGGCUACUAUGGUCCCCCGCCUAGUGCAUACUACUACCCGGGUGUUCCCAUAGGUGCACCGAUGCUACCAGACGGUGCUAUUUCAUACUAUCCGCCGCCCGCUCCUGUGGCCUCUGAGCCCAACGGGAACGGAAUGCCUAACCUACCUCCUCCUGAAGUUGCGCGAAUGAUACCGUGUAGAUACUACCCUGCUUGUCGUUAUGGUUCUUCGUGCAUCUUUGCUCACCCGCAGGCUCCGUAUAUCCAGGGGCCCCUACCUCCUCCGGCUCAAUAUCCUGCUCCGUACGAUUCUAUCGCUCCGCCCUACCCGCCGCAUACAUAUUACGGAGUGCCGCAGCCCCCGUACCCGACAUCUCCUAACGGUGUCAUGUCCCCGCCUGCCGGAGGCCAACCUCUCCCUCAGCCGCCCAUGACCCAUACGAGGUCGGGAUCUGAGGUCGUUUCUCCCAUCCAGGCGCCCUUCAGCCCGAAUGGCGCGCCUCCUCCCGUUCCGUACGGCGUGAUGUCACCUGUAUCGCCUACAUAUGCACAUCCUGGCCAGGUUCCGGUCCCUAUCUCCGUUCCUCCGCUGUCGCCUCUCCAGCAUGCAGGUGGGCCCCAGUCGCCUCAGCAGUCUAUGUACUCUCCUAUGUCUCCUGUUGCACAAGGCCUUAUGCAAUCCUAUCCUGCGCCACUGGACCCAAUGGCUCCAUAUCCACUGGGCAUGGUGCCCAACGGCAGCAUAUCUGAGACCAUCGGCUCACCAAAAUCGCCGCAGGAGCAUUUACUGAUGGAUGGCUAUGGUCCACGGCCGAUGAAUAGGGAUAUCAUGACUCAUCACCGAAGAGGAAGCGGGAGAAGGCCUUCAUUUGGCGGUUCUGGGCGCAAACCUCCCUGUUUGUUCUUUCCAGCUGGGAAGUGCAGAAAUGGCGACGAGUGUCGAUUCCCUCACAUCUUACCCGAUGCGUCAUUCCAAUAUCACCCUGCUCAUCAUCCUCCGCAUUUUUCUGGAAGAGGCGGUCAUAGGCCGCGCGCUUCUUCGCAUAUGAAUGGAGUGCCUGGAAUCGAGGAGAAGAUUGCCAACAUGUCAGUACAAGAACAGGAUGGACAGCCUGCACAACCACGAGCAGGCGCUAACGGGGUGGACGCCACGGCCAACUCGAGCCGAUCGCAAUCCAGCGAUGGCGUUAACAGGCGAGGACCACAGAAUUUCAAGGCGGGCCCGUACGCCAAUGGCGCUCGGGUGGACAAGAAAUUUAUUCCUCCGAAGUCUCAACGCGUGCCUAGCGCUGAUGAGUUCCCGACCCUCACCAAUACCGCACCUCCACCGCGUAGCCCUGGUCUGCACGGUCCAGGCUCGGGUCCUACAGCCGCACAGAUCUUGCAGGCACCUCCCCCGCGUAAGGACGGUCAAUCUACGACCCGUGGUUCUUCUCCGGAGCAGAACGGCUCGCAGGAUCAAAAUGCGAAAGAGAACAAGGCUGACUCUGACGCACCGACGCCUGAUCCUUCUGCCAAUAAGCUCCCGAUCUCCUUUGCUGCUGCCGCCACAGCUGUCCCUGACACUGCCGCAAAGGAGGUCAGCGUCACAGCCUAA